AUGGCGGAGUACAGCACAGCCCAGGUCGCAGGCCGUAGGCCCUCCUUCACUUCCGACCAGCUCGAUCCCGCCAAUGACAAGAUGAAACUGGAUCCCGAGACUCAGCAGCCCAUCGGAAUGGACUCUGGAUCUGAGGGAGGAGAUAUCGGACGACAGAUUGAGUUGGAGGCCGGGAACUCUAUCAAGUACCGCACUUGCAGUUGGCAAAAGACCGCGGCGCUGCUUUUCUCCGAGUACAUCUGUCUUGCGAUCAUGUCAUUUCCCUCCUCGUAUUCCACUCUGGGUCUCGUUCCGGGGUUGAUCUUAACCGUAUUUAUCGCGGCGGUUGUACUGUAUACAUCGCUGAUUGUCUGGAGAUUUUGUUUGCGUCAUCCCAAUGUGCGUGACGUGUGCGACAUUGGUCAGAUCCUCUUCUGGGAUUCGAAAAUCGCCUGGUAUGGGACCGCCAUUAUGUUCUUGCUGAACAAUACUUUCAUUCAGGGUUUGCACUGCUUAGUCGGCGCUGAGUACUUGAACACGGUCACCAAUCACCCCACCUGCUCGAUCGUGUUUGCUCUGGUCACGGCCAUUAUUUCCCUUAUCUUCUCGCUUCCGCGCACGUUUAGCACUCUAUCGAAAGUGGCGACCUUCUCGGCUCUGACUACCUUCAUCUCGGUUCUGCUGGCCAUGAUCUUUUCGGGAAUUGAGGACCAUCCUGCGGGAUACAGCGCUAAGUUGGGUGAACCCAUCAUAACGGCCAUCCCUGUGAAGGGAACGACCUUUGUCGCUGGUGUGAGCGCUUUCCUGAACAUCAGCUAUACCUUCAUUGGCCAGAUCACCCUGCCAAGUUUCAUCGCCGAAAUGAAGGAGCCCAAGGAUUUCUGGAAAUCGGUUACUGCGGUCACGAUCGCCGAAAUCAUCGUGUUCAGUUUGGCGGGAUCCAUUGUCUAUGUCUACACCGGUAACCAGUACAUGACUGCGCCGGCAUUUGGUUCGCUGGGAAAUGACAUCUACAAGAAGGUGUCUUUCUCCUUCAUGGUUCCGACAUUGAUCUUCCUCGGGGUCCUGUAUGCUUCGGUGUCUGCGCGCUUCAUCUUCUUCCGCCUGUUCGAUGGCACUCGUCACAAGGGCAAUCAUACAGUCGUCGGCUGGGCCUCGUGGACCGGUAUCUUGGUUGUCCUGUGGAUUUUGGCCUUUAUCAUCUCUCAGGUCAUCCCAUUCUUUUCCGAUCUGCUCUCCAUCAUGAGUUCGCUCUUCGAUUCCUUCUUCGGUUUCAUUUUCUGGGGCGUUGCGUACCUCCGGAUGAGACGCGAGGACUACGGGCCGGGGUUCUAUAAAACCCGAGGCUUUCGCGGCUGGGCCGGAGCCAUUCUGAACGUCUUCUUGAUUUGCGUGGGGUUCUUCUUCCUGGGACCGGGCACCUAUGCUUCUGUUGAGAGUGUGAUCUUGAACUAUCGGGCCGGAACCGUGGGAAGCCCCUUUUCCUGCGCCAAUAACGGACUUUAA